UCUGUCUAUCUACUUUUAGUAUACGUUCUGUAGCGCGUUAGUAAACACAUGUUGACUAUUUCUUCGUUGUCGUUCGGUACUACAAUUGAAAUCAAAAUAAUAGUAUAAAUAAAAUAUACAUACCUAUGUGUUUAUACUUAUAUGUAUAAAAUAAAUUUUGUUUUUAUUAGUAAAAAGAAAAACAUCAACAACAACUACCUAGCUUUAUUAUUAAACGUUGGCAAAGUGCAUUUAAAAGUGAAAAGAAACAAAAGUUUAAUUUUAAUCAUUUACACAGCAUUACAAACAAAAUUUAAAAAGAAAGUAAUUAAUAAUGCAAUAUGACAACAAAGUGAGUAGUGAAUAUUUUUGUAACAACAAAACAAAAAUAAUGAAAAUACCUAUGAAAAAAAACCCAAAAAAUAUAAAUAAAUGAAAAGAAAAGAGCAUUCAUCGCAUACGAAACGGAAAGUGAAUGAUUUUUAUUUACGACUGUCGUGUGAUAGUUGAACGUACGUAAGUUUGUUUGUGCGGACACACGGUGUAGAAUAUAGUUUGUACGAAUGAACGAACGAGUGUGUGUGUAUGAGAGUGUGCGUAAGAGUUGUGUGUUUUCUUAAAGAAAAACAACAUCGCUGUUGGCGUCGACUGCGCUGCCAAUGUGUUGUGCGUAAUAAAAACAAAACAAAGAAGAAAGAAAAAACAACAACAACCGAAAAGAAAUGCAUGCCAAGAUGUGUGUGUACGACACGACAAUUACGACGACGAAGACGAAUAAUGUGAGUGAGUGUGCUCUCGUUAAAAUACAAAAUAAUAAAAAUAAAAUGAAAUGAGAGAAAAAAAACGGUAAAAGUUGGGUGUUUACGAAGAAGAAUACCAAACAUUUAGAAGAGUAUCAAAAGCAGAAAAUUUUGUCUGCGUGUGUGUGUGUGUAUUUAUUUUGUGUUUUAGAAGGCCAGUCUACUAACUAGAGUAGAGUUUAGUAGUGAGUUAUUUUUGCGUUCAUAUGCAAUUCCACUUACAAAUUGUUAUUUUUGUUUUUAUUAUUAACCGGAAAUAAAUAAUAAAUACCUAUCUAUUUGUUUGUAAUAAUAAAUAAAAAGUAAAUAUGUAGCUACCACAAUGUUAAAAUAUCUCAAAGAUUUGUGGAAGCAAAUAAAAUAUGUAUGGUAAUUGUACAUACAAAUACAUAUAAUGCAACAAUAAUAAAAACAUUAAAAGCAGAAGGGAAAAACACAAAAACAACAACAGUAACAUCAACAUCAAGAAGAAGAUGAACAAAAACAAAAUCAAGUGUAGUAUGUAAAAAGUAAAAUCUACAGUUAAGAAAUUCAUGAAAUCAAUAAAUGGAUAUGAAAUAAAAUAAAAAUAAUAAUAAUAAUAAAAAUAAAAACAAAAUAAACAAAAUUAAACUCUAAUAGAAAAGAAAUACACAAUUGGAAACACAUAAUUUUUAUGUGUGAGAGAGUGAGUGAUGUAUGAUGUGUUAUUUUUCUGUCUGGCAAAAAGUAAAAAUAAAGAAAUUAUUUUGAUGAAGUUCAAUUAUGUAUUUAAAAAGUGUAAUAAAUGUGAGUAGUGUGAAGUUAACAACAUCAUAAACAUCAACCACAACAACAGAGAACCGAGAACAACACUAACAACAGCAAAAGUGAACACAAAUACAGACAUCACAUUCUUCUUAAAAUAUUGUUUAAGGACCAAACAACACCAAAUAUUUCGUCAUCAUUCAAGAAAAAGAUAUUAAAAUACUUUUAAAUGUAAAGAAAAUGUUAAUAAAAUGACUGCCAUCGGAGAUAACUUGAACAAACUGGAAGUUAAAUUUCAAACCAUUAGUGAACUAAUGGCCAAAAAGAGAAAAUUAUAUUUGCAUAAGCGGGUUAAAUCAGUGGAUGGCAACAAUACUAGCGACAACAGCGCUGCUAUCACAACUUCCAACAACACAACAACAACAGCAACAUCGAAACAAAGUUCAAAAACGGAAGAAAAUCAAACACUAACAUCACAAUCAUUAACAUCAUUAACUACGGAAACAAAUUCGAAUUCUUUAACGAAAUGUUCGUUUCGAAAUUUCUGCUUUACUUCCAUUGAAACAUCGUGCGAUGCUCAGAUACAAAAUGAACGAAGAACAAGAUACAAUUAUGAAAAUAAUCCAGAAUUACGCAUUUGUAUGAAAUGUAAUCGACUGAAUGAGUCGAACGAUGAUGAUAGUAUGUCGAAUUAUAAUAGUAUACCACCAGCUGAGGUAUACAACAAUUGCUCAUGUAAUAAUAAUAAUAACUGCCUCAGUAGUUGUAGACCAACAUACCAACACCACCACCACCACCACCACAAUAACGUACUCAAACAUAAGUCUGCACAAGAAUCUUCAGCGAGCCACAAUAAUAACAACACCAGCCACAAUCAAGAGAUUCAUAUGCAAAAUUCCUAUUAUUUGUUAAGAGACCUCCACGAGCAAAAUCGAACUCAAACGGAUAACCUAAAGCUUAAAACAUCCUGCGCCUCAACAACAACAACAAAUCUGUCAGCUAUGCCUUUGUCGAGGGCAACAGCGACAAUGUCAGCAUCUGAAAUUGAUGCUAAACUUCGAACGUCUAAUACACAUCGAACCUAUUUGUACACGUCCAAUGCUACUUGCAACAAUAAUUCUCCAACCAACAUGUGUAGCAGGCGAUUUUCCGCGAGUAGAGGAGGAGACUGCAAAAAACGAUUUUUUCUACAAUUAUACAACAUAGUUAUGAUAUUAAAAACACUGUUAGUGUUAGUUACACGAACUACGCCGUCUCUGCUACGCCAUUGUCCUCCAGCUAUCGAUAAGAACCACAAACAUUAUCGAAGCCGCCGCCACCACCAACAGAAUUCUCUUGAACAAGUAAAACAAAGACUGACACAUUUCAAUGAUCAACAGCCACAGCAACAUUGUCAUUACAUUAAACAAAAAUCAUCAUUACAUCAUACAGCAAAUCCAUCAUUUACCAAAUGGAUUUUAAUGGGUUUAUCGUUCCUUUCAAUAUGUUUGCCAUUAUCACAAGCAUUAACUUCAGACUUUGAAACAACACUGCAAUCAUCGUUAGCCACCUUGGAAAGAUCAACAAGAGAUGUCGCUGCAAUAAAUGAACUUCAAUUGAAACCGUCAUCCACACAAGAACAAGUGCGUCUAACGCGUCCAGAACAUGUUUGUAAAUCUCUCGAUAUUCGAAAUUCAGCAUCACAAUUUCAUCAACUAGAAAACUGUACGGUUAUUGAAGGUUUCUUGCUUAUCACACUCUUGAAUGGAAAUUCGCUUGAGGACUACACUGAAACGUUUCCAUUGUUAACAGAAAUUACGGAUUUUAUAAUUGUUUAUCAAGUUCAGUUUUUACGAUCGAUUGGUAGAAUUUUUCCCAACUUGAGCGUAAUUCGUGGCAGAGUCUUAUUUGAAGGUUAUGCCUUAAUUGUCUAUUCAAAUUCUCAUCUCGAGGAGCUGGGUCUUACGAAUUUAACAACAAUAUCUAGAGGUGGCGUAAGGAUCGAAAAGAAUGUAAUGUUGUGUUUUGUAAAGUCGAUAGAUUGGACUCAAAUUGUCUCCAAUACUACGGAUAUAGUUAUCGAGUUAAACCGCGAUACCAUUGAAUGUCCGGCUUGCCCUGGAGAUCAAUGGAGUGUGGGUGAUUCAAAUGCGGGACAAAAUGAGCUGGCUUGCAAGGAACAUCAUGGUCGCCGUCAUUGUUGGAACAGUAAAUCGUGUCAAAAAAUCUGUCCGAGGAGAUGUCAAAACAACUGUGUGGAUGAAAACACCUGCUGCAAUGAAGCGUGCAUUGGCGGCUGUUCGCCCAACAACUUAAACGAAUGUAUUAGCUGUAGAAACUUUUCUAUUUACAAUACAACAUGCAUAGACAAAUGUCCAGAUAAUUUUUAUAAAUACCUGGAUCGACGAUGUCUGACAGCUGAAUCGUGCAAUAUUAUUGGUACAAAAUAUGAAAAUAACCGACAAGAGGUGUUGGUGGCGUAUGAAGGAUCCUGUUCCACGGUCUGUCCAGAAGGUUAUACAAAAGUUAAUAUGACGUGUGUGCAGUGUGGUGACAAGUGCACUAAGAAAUGCCAAGGUAGCCUUAUCGAUAGCGUGGCUAGGGCUAGAGAAUUUCACGGUUGCACUCACAUUGUCCAAUCACCUUUGAUGAUUAAUAUCAAAAGAGGCGGUCGCCAUUUGAUGGAAGAUUUGGCGUACGGUUUAUCGUCGAUAGUUACAAUCGAAACUGCUUUAAAGGUGCAGGGUACUUAUGGCAUUUUUGAUUUGAAAUUUUUUAGAAAUUUACAAAAAAUAGAAGGUGAAAAACUAGUUGAGGACAAAUAUGCCUUUUAUGUAUUGGAAAAUACCGACAUUGAAACUAUAUGGAAUCCCAAUCAAACUGUGCAAAUAUUAAAGGGAACUGUAUAUUUUCACUUUAAUCCCAAAUUGUGUCUAUCGGAGAUUAAUGCUUUGUUAAAUCACACAAUGCUAAAACAAAAAGAGUUUGAUAAAACUGAAGUAUCUCAAGAUUCGAAUGGUUCUAGGGGCUCAUGUAACACAACAAUACUCGACGUAACGGUAUCGAAAAUUGGUUCACUUAUGGCCUUUGUUAUAAUCAAAAAUCCAAUGGAAUACGUCGAUCAACGUACAUUCAUUGGUUAUCAGUUUUUACACAUCGAAGAUCCACAUGGUAAUGCUACAAAACACGCUUUUCGUCCAUGUGAAGAUGGAUGGGAAAUAAGCGAGCCUACUAAAGAUACUUUCUAUAUUUAUCAAAAUCUUAAGCCGUAUACACGCUAUUCAUUCUAUGUCAAGACAUCGACUAUUUCAACCGAACGACGUAAUGGUCAAAGUCCAAUACAAAAUUUUAUAACGAAAUCAGAUCAACCGAAAAGUGUCAAUAAUUUGCAAGCCUAUGCCAACUCUAGUUAUAAUAUUGUUAUGACCUGGUUGCCACCUACCACGGCAAACGGAAAGCUGAUUAAGUAUAAAAUACGAGCUAUAUAUGAUAAACGCAUUCAACGAAUAGAGUCUCGAAACUAUUGCAAAGAUCCUUUAAAGGAAAUUAGUAAGCCAGAAAUUCCGGUUGCAACUAUUACUGAAAAGCCAACAAUACCAAAGAACUGCAACUGUAAGAAUGCUAAAGUCUACGAUGAAGAAGAAAUUGAUGCCAGCAUUCAUGCCAGCAUUGAAUUGGAAAAUGCUCUACAAAAUUUUGUCUAUGUCAAAAAAGUGAAUAAAACCAGAGCCAGCAGCAGAAAUUUGAAUUCAAAUGAAUUAUUAGAUGCGAAUAAUAAUAGGAAUCGUCGUGCUAUUGAAGGUGAUCCUUUUGAUAGUUUUCUAUUACGUCAUAUACGCGAUGUACCAGUUGAGACAAAUUUAAUUCACGAUACUACAACACCCACUACAACCACCACUACUUUAACCGUCGAUCCUCAUAAUGAUGGCACGCUUUUAUUUAACAAAACUCGUAUGGAUCCUGAAGGGGAAUAUUACGAAAUUGUUGUUGACUCAGUGAAUGCCUCAACGACUGAAUAUGUAUUCUCAAAUUUGAAACAUUUUUCAUGGUAUUUGUUGAGCGUGGAAGCUUGCAGGGAGAAGGAUUCUCUUAACGAUACUUUAGCCGACUGCAGUAUUGAACAAAAAAAACACAUACGCACGCUGAAACUUGAUAAUGUCGAUAAAGCAUAUAAUGUAUCCGCCAUGAUAGAAUCAACGAAUUCAUCUAGAAGCAAUGUGCGUCUGACAUGGAAAAGGCCAGAACGUCCAAACGGUGCCGUCGUAUCCUAUACGAUAUUAUAUUUAUUACAAUCACCAGAUGCCGUUGAGGAGAAGAGAUGUAUAACUGAGUUGGAUUAUGUAGAAAUGGGUUAUGAACAAAAUGGAUAUGUAUUAACUAAUCUCAAUCCCGGUAAUUACUCAAUAAGAAUAAUUACAAAUACAUUAGCAGGCGAGGGUCAGUACUCGGAUACUGAAUUUGUUUAUAUACCGCCCGUUACUCUGCCAACGAGUGUUAUUGUUGGCAUAGCAGUUGGAACGCUUUCCGCUGUAAUUUUAAUUGGUAUUUUCAUAUAUUAUCUGUGUCGCAAACGAAUAUUGGCGCCUCCGUCGGACUUGAAAAUAUUCCCAUCUGUGAAUCCGCACUAUAUUAGUCUGCAGUAUAUACCGGAUGAGUGGGAAGUGGCCCGUGAUAAAGUUAUACUGUUAAAUCCCUUGGGACGUGGUUCUUUUGGCAUGGUUUAUGAGGGUAUUCUGAAAGGCUACAAUAAUAGCAACGACGAUACACCAUGUGCCGUUAAGACGGUUACUGAAAAUGCCACAGAUAGAGAACGCAUGAACUUUCUGAAUGAAGCCUGUGUAAUGAAACAGUUUGAUACUUUCCAUGUUGUUCGCUUGUUGGGUGUGUGCUCGCGAGGCCAACCAGCUUUAGUGGUAAUGGAACUAAUGAAGAAUGGUGAUCUAAAGUCAUAUCUUCGUGCCCAUCGUAUCGAUGUACGAGAUGACAUGGAUAUGCCAAUAUCGGCACGAUCUGAAGUGUCCGCCCAACCGCCGCCAAUAAGUCGCAUUUAUCAAAUGGCAAUUGAAAUCGCUGACGGUAUGGCUUAUUUAGCAGCCAAAAAAUUUGUGCAUCGUGAUUUGGCUGCUAGAAAUUGUAUGGUAGCCGCUGAUUUAACUGUAAAAAUUGGAGAUUUCGGAAUGACUAGAGAUAUUUAUGAGAAUGAUUACUAUCGCAAGGGUACGAAAGGUCUACUACCAGUGCGUUGGAUGCCCCCGGAGAGUUUAAGAGAUGGUGUUUACUCAACUUCCAGUGAUGUCUUCAGUUAUGGUGUCGUACUAUGGGAAAUGGCCACAUUGGCAUCACAACCUUAUCAGGGAUUAUCAAACGAUCAAGUUUUAAGAUAUGUAAUCGAUGGGGGUGUAAUGGAACGUCCCGAAAAUUGUCCCGACAAAUUGUACAGUCUGAUGCAAAAGUGCUGGCACCAUAGACCUACGGCCAGACCAACAUUUAUGGAAAUAAUCCGUUAUCUACUUGAUUUGGCAGAUCCAUAUUUCCGUGAAGUAUCAUUCUUUCAUUCGGAAGAAGGUCAACAAAUCCUAGUAAAGGAAAUAGCAGAACGAAGUCAGCGUUCGGGAGAUGUAUUCGAUGAUCAUGAUAAUGAUAUGGAGGAUGUAACAACUCCCCUUCGAUUGGGCGAGUAUAGUGGAUAUAAAUUAAAUAUGGAUAAUAACUCAUCAGUUGAACAUCGAGGAGAUUCAUCUAUGGUAAUAGACGACGAUGCUCCUCAUUCACCUUACAGCCUUACAGGCUCACCUAUUGUGGUUAGUAGUACGCCGGACGAGCAUGUAAGAAACAAUUUCAAUAUGUCGCGUAUUAUCAAUUCCCAUAAUCAAAUGCUUAACUCGGCGCCAUCGACGUCGGCUGAACUGAGAAAGGCCGGUCCAGGUAUCAGUUAUUACCCUCAUCCCCACACACAUCCCCAUCAUCGCAAUCUGUAUCAACCCACGCGUUACGCACAACAGCAGCAUCAAGCUCGUCAACAACGUUCCGACGACGUUGAUGCAUACGUCGCUCCAGACUUUGAACUGAAAGACUUGAUGGAAAGCAAGCGAGACUCGGAUGAACAAGGUUAUGAAAUGUACGAUCCUAGUCCAAAUUAUAGUGAGAAAGUACCCACCAAUGUUCAUGGCGAUGAUGACGAAGAUGAUCUUGGUGUGCACUCGACGGCGGGUCAAAAUUUGUUGGGACGCUCGAAAGCACGUCAAAGGCAACCAACAAUAAUGCCUUUGUCCAGCUCUAUGCCCGAUGAGGUAAUCGGACAACCAGCAUCAUCAUCAUUACAUCCAUCAACAGCGUCGGCUGCUUCAUCAAAUGCCUCUUCUAAAACAGGAACCGGCAAAUAUCCAAGUCUGAGGGCGGUUGCAGAUUCGUUGGGAAACAAUGUGACGGCUAAAUUUCGAAGCAUCUUGUUUAAUACACACAAGCGUUCAGGUAGUAAUGCCAGCUAUAAAAGUACCAGCUCAAAUCCCAAUAGUGCUGCUGUGGGAGGCGGUGUUGGUGGCAGCAGUAACAAUUUAACAAAAGGAGGGCGUGGCAAAAGUAUGAGUGGCCAGAAUCUGGGUACAAUAGAGAGUGGAGGAAGUGGUAGCGCUGGUAGCUAUUGUGCUAAUCCCCGUUUCUACACACCCAAUAACGCUGGUAAUACAAGCGACAAUCCUAACUACAAAAGACUUGAGGGUGGAAGUGGCGACACCCUCACAAAUAAACCUAAAAUGUCUUCAUCCUCUGCAUUUUCUAUGAGUUCAAAUCCCAACUAUCAGGUAUUAGAUGAAUCACUCAAUACAACCGGUGCAUCCACUUCCACAAACAAUCCAGCAGCAGCAAUGAACUCUUCAUUAUUGCAAACAACCGACAACCCGAAUUACCAAUUAAUGCAGGCUCCCGCCACACAGAAAAUGGAAAACAUUUCAUCAUAUGUUAUGAUGAAUGAACCAAAAGCUCCAGAACCUAGUGCCAUCAGUAUAAGCAACAAUCCCAACUAUCAAUUGAUGGGUCCACCACCACCGCCUUCAGCCUUAACUGGUACAAUGUCAGCGACAGUAUUACCACAAUCACAACCACCACCAGCUGCUAGUCGAGCAGGAGCUGGUGGUGGCGGAGGAGUAGGAGUAGCAGGGGGAGUAAGUUUACGAGACCGUUUUAAAAAAUAUUCAUCUUCAUCUUCCGCACAUUCAACCUCUUCAAGUCAUGAAACAGACGAAGAAGACGAUGAUGUACCCACCAACAAGGGUAUGAAAUCAGAUCGAAUACCACUAAGUAGGCGUAGCAGUAAUGAUCGCAGCCAAAAGAAAAAACAUCCUACCAAUCGAAGUCGCAGCCAAAGCAGCAGUAGUAGUAGCCGAAGUAGUAAUACAGCAACUACAACAUCACAACAGCAACCGACUAAACCCACAACAUCGUUAAUAGCCUCCUCAACACUGUUAACAAAAGAGAACUGGUUAAAGCAACCAACUGCACAACAGCAACAACAUCACCAUCAUACACAACCACCUCCGCCGCCCAAUGGUUUUGUAGGACGAGAAACAUCGUAAGCUUAACAAAAAAAACAGAAAA